AGGCGAGGGGCGUGGGUGCAGAGGGACGCCUCCUCCUUCCCUGCCCCACAGACACAGGCAGCCGCAACAGUAGCAGCAGCAACACGUGCUUUGCUGGGGCAGCAUGGAGCUGGAGGGCAUCGGCGAGGAGUGCGGCGUCUUCGGCUGCAUCGCCGCCGGCGUGUGGCCCUCGGAGCUGGACGUGCCCCAUGUGAUCACGCUGGGGCUGGUGGGCUUGCAGCACAGAGGCCAAGAGAGCGCUGGGAUUGUGACAAGUGAUGGAGAAUCAGCCCAAUCCUUCAAAGUGCACAAGGGAAUGGGUCUGGUUAAUCAUGUGUUCAGUGAAGACAGUCUGAAGAAGCUGUAUGUUUCAAAUCUUGGAAUUGGCCAUACAAGAUACUCCACCUCAGGAGUAUCUGUACUAGAUAACUGCCAACCAUUUGUUGUGGAAACCCUGCAUGGGAAGAUUGCUGUGGCCCACAACGGAGAGUUGACAAAUGCACCACGGCUGAGAAGAAAGCUCAUGCGCCAUGGCGUGGGAUUAUCCACCAGUUCUGACAGCGAACUGAUCACUCAAUUGCUGGCAUUCACCCCCCCUCUGGAGGAUGAUGACGUCCCAGACUGGGUAGCGAGGAUCAAAAACCUGAUGAACGAAACACCUACUUCAUAUUCCCUUCUGAUCAUGCAUAAAGAUAUUAUCUAUGCAGUGCGAGAUCCCUAUGGGAACCGUCCACUCUGCAUCGGCCGCCUUGUUCCAGUAGGUGAUAUUAAUGGAAAAGGGAAGAAAUACUCUGAAACUGAAGGAUGGGUUGUUUCCUCAGAAUCCUGUAGCUUUUUAUCUAUUGGUGCAGAAUAUUAUCGUGAGGUCAUGCCUGGAGAAAUUGUGAAGAUAUCCAGAUACGACGUCCAAACGCUGGAUGUUGUGCCAAGACCUAAAGGAGAUGCAUCAGCGUUCUGCAUUUUCGAAUAUGUAUAUUUUGCAAGGCCUGACAGCAUGUUUGAAGGCCAGAUGGUAUAUUCUGUAAGGAGAAGAUGUGGCCAGCAGCUAGCUAUUGAAGCUCCAGUGGAAGCCGAUUUGGUCAGCACAGUCCCGGAAUCUGCAACUCCAGCAGCCCUCGGCUAUGCACAAAAGUGUGGGUUACCAUACAUUGAAGUAUUGUGCAAAAACAGAUAUGUAGGAAGAACAUUUAUUCAGCCAAACAUGAGGUUAAGACAACUCGGAGUGGCCAAAAAGUUUGGAGUCUUGUCCGACAACUUCAGAGGGAAGCGUGUUGUUCUUAUUGAUGAUUCUAUUGUGCGAGGCAACACCAUUUCACCCAUAAUCAAACUUUUGAGACAGUCUGGUGCCAAAGAGGUGCAUAUUCGUGUGGCUUCGCCGCCAAUUAGAUUUCCCUGUUACAUGGGAAUAAACAUCCCGACAAAAGAAGAACUCAUUGCCAACAAGCCUGAAUUUCGUGACCUGGCUAACUACAUAGGAGCUGACAGCGUUGUUUACCUUUCGGUAGAAGGAUUGGUGUCAUCUGUUCAAGAAAGCAUCAAAGCAAAGCAUCAAGACAAUGAACACAGCAUAAACGCCACAAACAAUAAUAUAAAGACCAGUUGGUUCCGCACUGGGAAAGUUGGCCAUUGCAUAGCUUGCCUUGUUGGAGAAUACCCUGUUGAACUUGAGUGGUGAAUUUUCCAAAUGCAUCUGUCACCACUGAAUUAAGAUUUGGAACUUAAGAUAUGUAUUACGCAUAAAAGCAUGCAGGAAAAAAUCUACCAAACGGUUAUUAAACUGCUCAGAUUUAGUGAAAACAUUGUUAAGGGUGACAUAAACCAUACACGAACUUAAAAAUGAUGUACUAUGAUAGACACUAGUGCUGUACUUUGGGGAGUCUUUCGAUCCCUUACUAGCAUAACUUUGCGAGUGCGGGGGACAUGGAGCUCUUUGCAACACUGGUUCAUUACAUUCUGAAAAGUUCUUGGACCAUUAAGCAUUUCAAAUUAAGAAAACAAGAGGAAAUAUAUCAAAUUUGGUUUUAUAUGAAUGUGAAAUUUUGAGAUGAAACUACUUUCCUAGCUAUUUUUAUAUAGCUGUGAGAUUUCUGUUUUGCAGAAAGAAAACUGUGUGUCUGUAUGUUGGCUAAUAUAACUACAGGGCCUUAUAAUCAAACUGUCUGUUAUAUCCUGCUUCCAAAGAGACAAUGUUGUUUUUAUACAAUGUGAUGCUGAGACUUAGAGACUCAGGGAAAUACUAAACCAAAACUUUAGUAACUUCAAGUCUGGUAAAAAAUAUCUUCAAGUGCUUAAUACAUUGUAUUAAGUUUUUACAUUAUGCUCUUUCAUCAUAAAUACUUACUGAAUUGUAGUCUGAAUGAAUGCUUUUAUUGCAUGUAAGCUUUCAAAGAAGACUCAGAUGUUGAAAAAAAUUAAUAUACAAUCACUGCAGCAGAGUAUUUUAACACACACAUACUGGGCUUAAUUUAAAAUAUACAUGUGUUACUGCUUUGACCAGUAUCCUGUGGCUUUUUAAAAACCUAGUGUAUGUUUGCAUCUGAAUAAAUGAAGUUGAAACAACUCCUUUGCAGUUGUAAAA